AUGCACAAAGUGCUUCGGCGGCAACCAUGGACUUGUCCCAAGUGCCUGCGCCGACAAAAACGCCUCAACUCCACAGCUACUGGCACGGCUUCGCAACAAAAUGAUGCCUUUGCAUCUGCCUACGUACAGUCCUCUCCUGCUCGGCAGACCGAUAAUGCUCAGCUGCGCGAGGUGUUCAAUGACAGAGUGAGUUGGCGAACAUCUGAAAAGAAGAGCUCGGGUUUAAUAGGAAAUAAUCACUUGACCACGCCUCGAGGCUUCAAAACUUUUGCAGAAAGGUCUGUGGCGCAAUGCAAGAGACUGGUGGAGAGGACGCUAGCUGCCUCGACGGUCGAACAGUACAGGGCGAUACCGAAAGAUCUCGACAGGCUCAGUGAUCUACUAUGUCGAGUUAUCGACCUGUCGGACUUUAUCCGAGGCAUCCACCCAGAUGCUGCAGUUGCCGCUGCCGCCACGGCUUCUUACUCGCUCAUGUUCCAGUACAUGAACGAGUUGAACACAACUACUGGGCUGAACAAACAGUUGCAGAAAGCAUGGGACAUGCCAGAAGUCCGCUCUCAGUGGACCGAGGAGGAAAGGAUGGUCGCGAAGUUGUUGAUGAAGGACUUUGCAAAAUCUGGCAUCGAUCUGCCCGAGAAACAAAGGAAACAAUUCGUGUCGUUGUCGAACGAGAUUGCACAGAUUGGAACCGACUUCGUGAAUCAAAUGGAGCAUGCGCGGGACCAGAUCACUCUUUCCACUCAGCAACUACAGGGUGUCGAUCCUCUGCUCAUCAGGAAUCUGAAAGCUUGGGACCGGGCGCAGAUACCGGUCUACAGUGCAGCUUCCAAGACGAUAUUGAAUUCAGCGAAUGACCCUGAGACCAGGAAGCAGAUCUAUGUCGCAGAAAGGACUGCAUCACGCUCGACCGUGCGGAAACUUGAACAACUUCUUCUUCGUCGCGCCGAACUAGCUAAGCUCACAGGCUACGACAGCUACGCGCAGAUGACACUGGCCGACAAAAUGUCCAAGACCCCCGAGUCUGUGAGUAAUUUCUUGGACUCUCUGAACGAAAACAACAGGCCGCAGGUCCAGAAGGAGCUCGCAUCAUUAUUAGAGAUCAAGCGAAAACUUGAUCAAGGAGCUAAGUCGGUCGAUCCUUGGGAUCAUACCUAUCUCCUCGCAAAAUUGGCGCAAGUUGAAGCCAGUGCUGGACCUCGGACUUCCAGGUCGCGUCUUCAGGAAAGUGCCAGUGCGUACUUCUCUCUGGGCCAUGUCAUGCAGGGGCUUUCAAACUUGUUCGAGUCUCUCUAUGGAGUCCGUCUUGUGCCGAAGGAAACUCAGCCAGGCGAGGUCUGGCACCCGGAAGUCAAGAGACUGGAUGUAUAUACAGACAAGCAGCAACAUAUCGCUACUAUGUACUGUGAUUUGUUUUCCCGUCCAGGAAAACUUCCCAACCCUGCACACUUCACCCUGCUUUGUUCAAGAGAAAUCUCGGAGGAAGAGGUCCGAGAAUGCCAGGAAAGGAAUGAGCCGUUGAACAACGGUAUGCCGACCUAUCUGGGGUCUAAUGCCGUCUCUGGCGUAACCGCUCAUCAUCAAAUUCCUAUUAUUGCUCUGGUCUGCGGAUUUCCAGACCCGAGCUCAUCUGCGGGCCCUUCGCUGCUGUCUGUCCACAGUGUCACCACACUGUUCCACGAAAUGGGUCACGCAAUCCAUAGUAUCCUGGGACGAACAACGUUGCAAGGCAUCUCUGGCACACGGUGUGCCACCGAUUUCGCCGAGCUUCCAUCUGUGCUCAUGGAAUAUUUUGCAACAGAUGCAACUGUCCUCAAAAUGUUUGCCCGUCACUGGCAGACCGGGGCAGUCAUCCCUGACGAUAUGAUCACCGCGCUGGCGGAUGACAGAACGAAACAAGCCGCGACAACUGGGGCCUGGAAUAACGAAAGUCAGAUUUUGAUGGCAAUAUUAGACCAAGUGUACCAUUCGGAGGGGCCCGUCGAGGCACUCCAGAUUGGACAUUACAACUCCACGGCAGCUUACCACGAUGUUUGGAACAAGUAUGGAAGUGUCGCCGAACCACGAGAAACAGCGUGGCAAGGCUUUUUCGGCCACUUGUACGGCUAUGGCGCGAGCUAUUACUCUUAUCUAUUCGAUCGGGCCAUCGCACGCCAGGUAUGGCGGGCUGUGUUCAAAGAUGGGGCUGAUGGCGGCGCCGUGGACCGAUCGGCCGGAGAACACUUCAAACAAGAGGUUCUGCGCUGGGGAGGCGGCAGAGACCCUUGGCUAUGUCUAGAAGGCCUCAUGGGCGAGGGGAGAGGGGUGCUGGCUGAGGGCAAGGAGGAAGCCAUGCUGGAGGUGGGCAGAUGGGGAGUAGGAGCAUCAAGCGAGGGUUCUAUGUGA